UUUGGAUCAGUUAGCCCAUUGCCGCCGACAGAAUUGCACGGAAUUUAGCAGAGCAAAUAAGUUUAUACAGUACGACAUGGAUUUAACCGGCAAAAAUGUGGUUUACCUUGGCGGAUUUGGCGGCAUAGGCCAGAAAUGUGUGCAAGAACUACUCCAGCGGCCAAUUAAGGCUCUGGCAAUUUUUGAUUUGGCUAAGAAUGCUGAUUUGUUGGCUGAGUGGAAAGGCAAACAUCCCAACACGGAUAUAUUCUACCAGAAAGUGGAUAUCACCAAGAAGUCGGAUAUAGAUGCGGCAUAUAAGGCAACUGCCGAGAGAUUUGGUCACUUCGAUGUGGUGGUCAAUGGCAGCGGUCUAAUGAACGAUCGUCUGGUCGAACUGAGCAUUCAAAUUAAUCUGCUGGGAGUUAUCAACAGUACUUUAACCGCUUUGGAGUACAUGGACAAGGCUAAAGGCGGUAAGGGUGGACUCAUUUUGAAUAUAUCAUCGGUAGCUGGCCUACAGCCUACUGCAAUUAUGGCCAUUUACUCGGCGGCCAAGACGGGUGUCACUACUUUUACAAGGGCUCUGGCUAAUCCCUUUUUCUUUGCACAUUCCGGCGUUGGCUUUGUUACCAUUUGUCCGGGAUUCACUGACACUGGACUUUUGGAGGACAUUGGCAGCAAGACGACAUUUACCUACGAAACUCCCAUGCUGGCCAUGUUCAACAAGGUGAAACGACAGAAGGCGGAGGAUUGCGCUAGAAAUUUGGUCCUGGCCAUAGAGACGGCCAAAAAUGGAGAUGUUCUUAUGAUCGAGGAUGGUAAGACCCAAGAGAUAGAUAUGCCGGUCAUGUGGAAACCCACUUUUGUAGAAUAAUAUCUCGUUGUUAUUGAUAUAAUGAAAACCCAUAAAUAUGUACACAUGUUAUCUCUUUCAAUUGGUUGGUGAUUUAUAAAUAAAUGUUGAUUAAGUUAA